AUGCGAGGAGUCAUUAAUGCAAAGCAAGUUUUGAGCUGUCCCUGUCACUGGGAAGGACCUCUCCCAUUAACUACUCUCAGGUUGAGUUUCACACGUCAAAGGAAUCGAAUGCUUCACAGCUGGCACAGACUCGCGAGUGAGUUAUUUAAGCUUCAGUCAAAUGGAGAUAUUCCCCCCACGUGCAGUGGCCAAUUGUUCAAGGCUAUACUUCAUCUGUUCAUGUGA